CAACAUAGGAGGGGGGGGGGGGUUGUGUACGUGGGCACAGACGGAACAGAAACUCAACUAUAAAAAGAAGCUCCCACAACUCGGUACUCGAUUCUGAAGAGUGGAGGAUUACUUUUGCACUGAGAGCAGUGAAUUCAAAGGGGAACACUGCUCUGAGGGCUUCUUUGGUUCAUUUGACCAUGCAGCGGAAUUACCCCUAUCCUCAAGUGUUCAUGGUUGAUGGCAACCCGAACCUCAAUCCCUACAUGCAAGCCCCCGUAUGGACUUUGCCCACUAUCAAGAAGAGGAGAAAACUGGGCUGCAAGACAGUGGGCUCGGUUCUCAUUCUCAACUUGGUGCUGCUGGUAUUGGCGUGGCUUGCACUGGGCUCCAUCAAACUGAUUGAACUUCAGAGGGACAUCAAAGAAAUCAAAGAGGAUCAUAAAGAGAAAGGUCCAUAUGCAGAGAAAAUUGUUGGAACUCGGAACGUGACAGAGUCACCCAAGAACCUUAAAGCUGCAGCGCACCUUACAGGAUAUUAUAACUCUGAUUACACCAACCCACUCAUGUGGAAUCACCAGACGGGCCAUGCCAUCAUCAGAGGUGUCACGUACAAAGACUGCGGUCUGGUCGUCAACCAAACUGGACUCUUCGUCGUUUAUUCCAAGAUCUACUUCCGAGGAUAUAAAUGUGAACGCAGGAAGAAUUUGGAGCACAUCCUAUUCAAACGGUCGACUCGCUAUAGUAAGGACUUGAUUCUGAUGGAAUCUGAGAAGACGGACUACUGUUCACUGAAUUAUAAUAACUGGAACACGAACAGUUACCAAGCAGGAAUUGUCACCCUUACCAAAGGAGAUUCCCUCUAUGUUAAUGUGUCAUAUCCAAGGCUAGUUGACUCUGAUGAGUCCAAAACGUUCUUUGGACUAUAUAAGCUUUAACACAUUGUUACUAAUUUAUACGUUGAUGAAUAGCUGAAAUCAUUUUAUUUAAACUCAAAUUAAAAGAAUGCAUUCCAUCCACACAUGUCCCAACUCCAACAGUUAAGGUCUUCACCGCAGUCUCCAAAUGGGAAAAUCGUUCACUCCAAACAUCCCGUUUUACUGAGACGUCGGCAUGGUGACGCAGCGGUAGAGUUGCUGCCUUACACCGCCAGGUUCGAUCCUGACUCUGGGUGCUGUCUGUGUGGAGUUUUUCUCCCUGUGACCACGUAUGUUUUCUCCGGGUGCUCCGUUUCCUCCCACACUCCAAAGACGUGCAGGUUUGUAGGUUGAUUGGCUUGGUAAAAAUUGUAAAUUGUUCCCCGUGUGUGGGAUAGUGUUGGUGCACAGGGUGAUCGGUGGUCGGCACGGACUCGGUGGGCCGAAGGGCCUGUUUCCAUGCUGUAUCACUAAUGUAAAGUAAAUCUAAAGUAACAUAUUGGAGACCAUCAGGCUAUCUUUAAUUUCACUUUACUGGACUUCACCUUGCACUAAACAUGAUUCCCUUUAUCCUGCAUCUGUAUAUUGUGGACAUCUUUAGUGAAAUGUCUAGUCUUUUCACUGACUGGAUAGCACCCAGCAAAAACACAGGUUAAUUGGCUUCUGUAAAUUGUCCUGAGUGAGUAGGAUUGAACUAGUGUACUAGUCAAUGUGGACUCGGUGGUCGGCACCGACUUGGCGGGCCGGAGGGCCUAUUUCUGCGCUGUGUCUCUAAAACUAAAUCUAAAAUUAAUCUACUCUCCAUGGCAACUCCAUGGAUCGUAGCUUGU